CCUGGCGCUCACGGGGCAUCGAAGAGCCAAGGAGGGCUGAAACGGCACGUCCCCCAAACGCUUCCCUCUCUGGUCCUUUUGGGGCACUUAACGCGCUCUGCUCAAGGGAGUCCGAGGGCCUACACUCGGCUUUCCCUGCUAAGGUGUCAUUCUUCCUUCUGUAAGCUCCACAACUGGCUGGUUGAUGUGAGCUGUCUAGGAGAUGGGGAAAACGAGACGCUUUCAAAUUGGGGGAAUUAUCCUGGUAAAUUACUGCAGUUUUUCAGCAACAGAAUUUCAAGGUGCAGCUGGGCCUUUCAGCCAUUGCAUCGAUUUUCAAAUGCCACCCGCAGCAUGCGAAGUGUGAAGAGCCCAGUGUGAAGCUCCUCAAAGACACUGCAGCACUUGUCCACCAGCAGACAGGACGUGUCUGUGCUGAGUCACCAGAAAAGCAAGCUAAGCCCGGAGCCGUUAUUGCACGGGCAAGCAGAGUUGGUUUCCAGAGGAGCUGCAUGCACUCGUUUCCCUCUCCCACUCAGUACUUUCUCUCCUCUUUCGAGCUGGCUCCUGGCUUUAACUGGAGCUUUUGACAGAGAAGGGAAUGACUGCAUCUCAUUUUCAUUGGGAUGUGGCCGUCCAAAUGUCUGCAAGGAAUCUUACAGGGAGCACGGAGCCUGGGCAAACAUCUGUGAGGCUGCAGCUUUUGACUGUUUGAAACAGGCCUUCUUUGGGCUCGGCACCUGCAGGCCACCGCACAGCGGUAGCCGGAAGGCUGCUGCCAGAGCUGCAACACAACAAAAGCGUGGCAGCCCAAGAAUCCGCGCGCAGCUCUUCUGCACGUUGUCCAACGUUAAGGUGCCAAAGAAAGAGCAAGCAGGAAGAGAGGAGCUUUGUGUCAGGAGACAAGCCAACAUCUCCCUGUCAGAAAGGGAGGUCAGGCUCCAAACUGAGUCAGAGCAAAGGUCAGCAUGCACCUACGUGCUCAAGAAGCAACUGCGCACUGCAAUACUCCUGGAAACUGAUUUCCUUGGCUUCUUUUGUCCCCUAAAUGUCAUCAAAGCAGUUAGGGCUUUCAGAAGCAACAAAGAUGCCAGCAGGAACAAGCACACUUGCUUUUAGUCAAAGCCUUGGGGAGGAAAAGUCACGUUUGCUUGGAUUUCUUGGGGCCCUGCUGGAUCGGUGCAUUUUCGGAGUUACCCCGGGAUGCCUUGAGCACUGGCUUAUGGACGGUCACCUCACACGCGGAUGGAGACACGCCCGUCCUUUGGGCUCACCAGCAGGGUCAGCACCUCCUCUGGCUCCCUCUCUUGCUGAGGAAGAGGCUGAAGAGGAGCCAAAUGACAAGAAGCCUCCAUCUGUUGUCCAUCCACAGCCUGAACGUGCAGAGCCACUCUCUCUUGACGCGCGCUCUGCCGUUCAACGUGCCGCUGCACCGGCGCGGUCUGCAGCAGCCAGCACUCCCCCACAUGCCAGCACUUCGUCCAGCAGCCCAGCCCAGCAGCUGGAGAUGAGAGAGGAGCAGAGCCUGAGGAGACUGAGGAGCAUUGUGAGUCUGGGCGAGCCGAGGAGGAAAUACUCGGCGUUUGAAGAACUCGGACGAGGGGGUUUUGGAGCUGUUUAUAAAGCCCUCGACGCCAGCACAGGACAACAGGUGGCCAUCAAGAAAAUGGCGCUUCAAGAGGAGAUGUCCGAGGAGCUGGCUGUCAAUGAAAUCGUGGUCAUGAGGGACAGUAGGAACCCCAAUAUUGUUACCUACUUAGACAGCUACCUGGUCGACGGGGAGCUCUGGCUGGCGAUGGAGUUCAUGGACGGCGGCACGUUGUAUGAUGUACUCGGGGCAGUGUACCUCGAGGAAGGACAGAUAGGCGCUGUCUGUCGGGAGUGCCUGCAAGGACUGCAUUUCCUUCAUUCCCGCCGAGUCAUCCACAGAGACGUCAAAAGCUGCAACAUUCUUGUGAGCAUGGACGGAUCUGUGAAAUUGGCUGACUUUGGCCUCUGUGCUCAGCUCACCCCUGAGCGCGACAAGUGCAGCUCCAGCGUCGGCACUCCCAGCUGGAUGGCGCCGGAAGUCGUGAGAGGAGAAGCCUACGGCCCCAAAGUGGACAUCUGGUCACUGGGGAUCGUGGGGCUGGAAAUGGUGGAAGGGGAAGCUCCUUACCAGAGGGAACCCCGUCUCAGGGUUUUAGAACUGAUAGAAAGGAACGGGGCCCCAAAACUGCAAAACCCCAGGCAGCACUCGGCUCUCCUGCGCGACUUUCUCCGCUGCUGCCUGCAGACAGAUGAGGACAGGCGCUGGUCUGCCCAGGAACUCCUGAAGCAUCCUUUUGUGACCUCAGGCGAUCCUGCCUCCAGCCUGGCUGCUCUGAUCAUCUCAGCCAAGCAAGUGCAGGAAGACUGGAGAGGAGACGCUUGCGCCUGAGGAGGCCUUGCUGCCCCGCCAGCUCAGAGGAGCGACGAGGGGAUGUACCGUGUUUAGGAGAAGAUUCGGCGGCCAUCCCCUGAGUUUUAGAAUGAGCUGUUCCGUAGUUAGGAAGUUUAUAGUUUUGAGAUUUUCUUAGCUUAGCUGGUUUCAGUUAGGACUCUAGACCCCAGAAAGCUUCAUUAAUGGAGCAUUGUUUAGCUAAGAGUAGAGUAUUGCUGAUGUAGGGGAGCUGAGAAUUAUCCUUGAGGUAGAAAUGGACGAAUCGCCAUACUGAUGAUUAAGCUAUGAAAGAAAAAGCUGGGACUCAGCAGAACUGGACCAGGCAUGAGCUGUCAGCCUGAACAGGUCACCAGGAGGACAGAAUGAUGAAGAUGAAGACGAAGACGAAGAUGAAGAUGAAGAUGAAGAAGUAGCUGGAAGACCCUUGGUUUCAGCCCUUGGUUUCAGCAGGACUGGCAAUAAAAAACUGUAAAACCUC